AUGCGUGAUGGCGAAAGGUCAAGACCCAAGUUAGGAAAAUCGAUUAUUCGGUCCAGAUUUGGGAAAAAUGUAAACAAAUCCGGGGAAUCAUUUUUGCACACCAGUGAAUUAUCUGAUGGAUAUGACUGGGGACGGCUCAACUUGCAAUCAGUGACUGAACAGAGUAACCUGGACGAUUUUCUGGCUACCGCAGAGUUGGCAGGAACAGAGUUUACUGCUGAGAAACUGAAUGUAACUUUUGUGGACCCCGCAAGAAAUAGUGGUAUCUUGUCUAAAGACGAGCUCCAGCAGGUUAAGGAUGCUCAGGACAGGCAUAGACAGCUUUUACGAAUUCCCCGCAGACCUGCAUGGGAUGUGACAACAACAGCAGAAGAGCUGGAUGCCAGGGAGAGGCAUACAUUUCUCACAUGGAGAAGGGGUUUAGCUGAACUGCAGGAAGUAGAGAAUAUUCACCUAACACCCUAUGAGAAAAAUCUUGAUUUCUGGAGGCAGUUGUGGAGAGUUAUUGAAAGAAGUGAUGUUGUUGUACAGAUCGUAGACGCGCGCAAUCCCUUACUGUUUCGGUGUGCGGACCUGGAGACAUAUGUACAGGAAGUGGACCCAAACAAAGUCAAUCUGAUUUUGAUAAACAAGGCCGAUUAUUUGACAGAAAAGCAGAGGGAAGCUUGGUCAGAAUACUUCAGGAAAGAAGGUGUGAUGGUGGCAUUUUGGUCAGCUUUGGAGGAAACCAAUAAACAGGGUGUUACUGUGGAUAAGACAGAGGAAGACAAUGUUGUUGUAACUGAUGAGGAGGACGGGGCAAGUGAGGAAGAGUCGGAUGAGGAUUCCAGAGAAACUAAUCUUGAAAGGGGGGAUAACUCCGUUGCCGCAUUUGCGAGGGGAGACAACUCAGACCUAACAGAAGCACACUUGUCAGAUUGUAAUACCUCUGCAUUCAGCUCAGAAGUAGCCAUGGAUACUACAAACUGUGAUAAAAAUGAUGAUCUAAGGUCUGAUGGUAUGGAUGUGAAGAACAGUGACAAAGGUGAAGUUAUGUGUGCAAAUACUAGUGAAGUUGAUGAAACAGAGAGGACUUGUCAGGUUGAAAACAAAGUUUGUUCAGCAACAAGUAGCAUUUCCUCAAAAAUACCCAUGCACAGUAGUCGAGUGCUAUCAGGAGAAGAACUGCUGGAAUUGUUUCAUUCUUUACACACAAACAGAGUUGGGGACAAACCUCACACUACAGUGGGAAUGGUGGGCUAUCCAAAUGUGGGUAAAAGCUCAACAAUCAAUGCCAUCUUAAAGAUAAAAAAAGUUCCUGUGUCAGCUACUCCUGGAAGAACCAAACAUUUCCAGACACUGAUUGUGGAUGAAGAUCUGAUGUUGUGUGACUGUCCAGGCCUGGUGUUCCCAUCAUUUGUCACGACCAAAGCUGACCUGGUAGUGAACGGGAUCCUGCCUAUUGACCAGAUGAGGAACCACGUACCUCCUGUAUCUGUUGUAUGCCAGCGUAUCCCACGGGAAGUUUUGGAGAACACCUAUGGUAUCAACAUCCCCAAGCCUGGAGAGGGUGAGGAUGAAACUCGACCUCCCACAGCGCCGGAACUUCUCAAUGCUCAUGGAUAUAUGAGAGGAUAUAUGACAUCUAAAGGCGUCCCUGAUAAUCCCAGAUCAGCGCGUUACAUUCUCAAAGAUUAUGUGAAUGGAAAGCUGCUGUACUGCCACCCUCCCCCAGGGGUUGACCAGCUAGAGUUUCAGUGUCAAGAUACCCUUGACCACAGAAGGCAUCAGCACAGUGAUCAGCCCACUGACCAGAAAGACGAGCUAGAGGUUCCCAUGGUUGUGGAAAGCAGCAUUGAUAAAGAAUUUUUUAAGAAGCAAGACACAAGAAUCCACUCCAAAGGUGUGCACGGUGUUUCUGGGUUUGUUCGCACCAGCACGUCAGGUCGGCAUAUUCCAUCUGAGACCGGUGCGGCAACUGUUGGAAGCAGCCUCAAUUUGACGGGCAAGCCCUGGAAAAAGCACAACAAUCGUAAUAAGAAGGAGAAAUCCAGACGUGUCCAUGGGUAUUUGGACUGAUGACUUGACCGGUCGACCUUAAUACAGUACUAUAAUGUAUAAUAUAGUAUAUUGUGAGAACAAUGGUGUACCAAUUUGCAAAGGCUGCAGUUGGUUCUUGAAUAAACAUAAUAAACAUGUCCUAUCACAUUGAAUAGUUUGAGCAGUCCAUUUCUUUCCAUUCUUUGUUGUUGACGCAACUUAUUUAUUUUUAUGCCUACUGCAAUGCAGUUGGGUUUGGAGACAUUGUAAUCACCCUGUUGAUGUAGCCUGCGUAUUUGAUGGUGUGAAAA